CCAAACAAAAACAAAUAAAAAUAUUCCUUCUCUUUUAGUCCAAACAAAAUCCACCUCACGCUUCACAGUAACAACCCCACUCUUCAUUUCCUCUGUCCCUAAAUUUCUUCAUAAAACACACUUCAAUGGCUACCAAACACAGAAAACUCUUCCCCGAUGAACCAACAACAACCACAAACCAAACCCAAGAUUGCUAUGGCCUUUGCCACCCAGAGUGCCCUUACAACUGUUACCCCAACCAAGACUUCUUCUUCUCUCCACCACCACCCUCCCUUUCAGAACAUUCAAACCAAGUCAGCCACAUAUCCUCGUACUUGGUCAUCCUCGUGACGCUAUUCGCCGUCAUUUUUGUCGUGGUGGGUUUCUACGUGAUCAAAGUGAAGUGCUACGCUGCAUGGUGUGGCUGGCGAGUCAACGGUUCCGUUCCCUCUCAAUCCGACACCACCGAGGAGUUUCUCAACGAGAACCAAGUCGACCACCCCGUGUGGCUCAUCGCCACGGUUGGGUUGCAACAAUCGAUCAUUAACUCCAUUACGGUGUGCAAGUACAAGAGAAACGAAGGGUUGGUCGAAGGAACCGAGUGUUCGGUGUGUUUGAACGAGUUCCAAGAAGAGGACACGUUAAGACUCUUGCCCAAGUGUAACCACGCCUUUCACGUCCCCUGUAUUGACACGUGGCUCAGAUCACACACCAAUUGUCCCCUUUGUCGUGCUGGUAUUGUCUCCAACAACAGUGUUACACCUCAAGCAGUUGUCUCCAAUUUGGGUUCCACGGACCAAGAAAAUGCAAACUUGGGAAGAAUUCAAGAGACCCUUUUGGAGACUUCAAGGAAUGAAGGUGGGCUAAGCAUCAAUGUUAUCGAAACUGGUGCAGGGGAAUCAAGUGAAGCACUAGAGUUGAAUAUUGAUGAAUCAAAUUCUAAGGAACGGGUGAAUGAUCAAACAGAGAUGGGGUCUGUUUCAAUUGAUCCUGUUUCGGUAAUUGUGGAUUCUUGUUCUACGGAAUCUCAAAGCCAUCAUGUUGUUGAUGAUGAUAAACAUGAUGACACAAUUUUGGACACGGUUAAUGGUGGUUACUUCUACUCAAAAACGUGUAAAACAAUGCGUCGUUCGUCGAUUGAAGAGUGUUUACACAUGAGCCCGGUGUCUAUGAAAAGGUCAUUCUCCCGUUACGUGAAUCUAAGCUCUAAACUCAAUUCUUCCCUACUAGAGUUUUCAAUUUGUUAGAGAUGAUUAGAUGAACAUAGCGUGGUGUGAGAUACCGUUAUUCAUUGCAAGAUGAUGUGAUGUCAAUUUUACUCUCAGAAUUUUGAGGGCACCCUGCUUAGGGUUGGAGUUUGAACAUUGACAAUGAUAUAAACAGCUAGCAAAUUGUGGAAGAGGGAGGGAUCAAUUUUAAUGAGAUUUUGAUUAUGAAGAAUACAAUGUUAAGUGUAAUUGAAGUUUUACUAAGCUGCGGCAUGUGAAAAUUACUCUGCUGUAUGCUUGAAUCACAAAUCACAAUGUGUAAUCGCAAGGUAGAACAGGUUUGCUGUUUGCUCCCACUAAAGGGAAUGACUGAGGUACAUUUAAAAGAAUUAAGUACUCUAUUUUUUGCUUCUACCUUGUGUAUUUGUAAAAGCUUGGUUUUUCUCCAUUGGGGGUCAUAAAUGCGAUAUUUUUUAUUAUAA